AAGUGUGCAUCAGCUGUUGUAGUCCCCUUGACCCUUCUCCUCCUCCAUGCCGGCUUUUUGCUCUUAGUACCAGGAGAGAGAUGUCACAGCGUCGGGAUCCAGGCUGUUUGUGGCUGAGCUCCAGGGACUCCUUCCCUUGUUAGGCCCCUGUCAAAGGGCUGGAAAGAGUGGAAAUUUCCAGACCCUUUGGGUGAAAAAUGGGUUUGAAAAAGCUCCCAUUAAUGCAAGUGGAGACUUGUUAAAAAGCCUAUGUAAUAGGCAAAACUGGGUCACAGCUUGGAAGGGUCCUUUUUACACUGACGAAAGCUAUGAUCUGUGCUGCUACCUUUGCUCUUUCUCCAUUACUAAGGGGUACCUGUAGAGUUCUUCCCAGUUGUUCUUCAUUCUUGCGCCUAAGAUAUGCUGCUUCGUGUUAUUGCACAAUAAAUGGCAAAAUGAAAUCCAGAAGAAAGUCAGAUCAUCUGGAGAGAACAGCAAACGAUUUUCGACAGGAGAUUAUUUCUAAAGCCAAAGUGUGUGGGAUCACCAGUGAAUCUGAAACAGUUAAAAGGCUUCGUUUGGCAGUCACAAAUAAAGAAUUUACUUUUAAGGCAGGACAAUGGGUAGACUUCUUUAUACCUGGGGUUGCUGUAGUUGGUGGAUACUCAAUAUGUUCAAGUCCUGGCCUUCUGGAACAAGAAGGAGUAUUGGAACUUGCAGUAAAAUAUGCAACACAUCCUCCUGCUCAUUGGAUUCACACUCAGUGUACUCUUGACUCAGAGGUGGCUUUACGAGUGGGAGGCAACUUCUUCUUUGAUCCCCAGCCGGCUGACUCUCCUUCAAACCUGGUGCUCAUAGCUGGUGGAGUUGGAAUUAAUCCUUUGUUUUCUAUACUGCUCCAUGCCGCAGACCUUCAUAGAGCUCGAGCAAAUAAAGGAACCGGGUAUAAGAUGGGAACAACAAAUCUGUUCUACUGUGCAAAAAAUACACAUGAGCUACUAUUUAGGAAGCAUAUCCUUGGUCUGACAAAUGCAUUUCCUGGAAAGAUUGCAUGCAGUUUCCAUGUUACCCAGCAGAGUUUACCAAUCUGUGAGAAAUUUCAGCCUUACACCAAGGAGGGAAGAAUAUCUGGAAAUGAUCUAGAAAAAUGCAUCUCCCAGGAUACCUUGUGGUACGUCUGUGGCCCACCUCCAAUGAUACAAUUCAUCGUUAAACUACUAGAAAAGCUUGGCGUGGCACAAAAGAAUGUUUUCUUUGAAAAGUGGUGGUAGCGUAUCCAGCAACUGUUUGUCAAAAAACAGAAAUGAAGAUAUCAAAUGUCUGUGUGCCUAUAUGUACAUACUCUCUGAUCAAUCAAAGAUGUAAGAAACUGAACACUUCCAUAUGCACAGAUUAUAUAUUUCUGUACUAAUUUAUGUAAAUUAUUUUAAACUUUGUCAAAUGAUCUUGAAAAAUAAAUGCAAUUCAUUAUAUAUG